GCCGGUCCCUCGCAAGAGGCAAACACAGAUCAAAUGCGAUGUUAACCAGCAGCAGGAUCACCAGGCCUCCGAGCACAUGCGGAAUAAGGUGCGGAUGUGGGCAAACGGGAUCGACGUGAUCCCCUACUCCGGACCGAAGACCAGCAGGCGACAUGGUGAAGACGGCUGUUAUCGAACCAUUGAGGGAGUGAUGGCAAACACUGGCCAGCCCAGCGUUGAGCGGGCGUUGGAAGUCAUCACGGACAGCUUCCGCGGGAUCGGAUCGGAGGAUCAGCCCGACGAGGAGGAAGCUGAUGCUGCUGAAAUACAGGUUCCUGACGACUUAGAAAGUCCGGAGGACCGAACCCAUGAGUCUCCCGUGAGAGAGGAAGCACCUUCACAUCGGACUGAUAAGGACUCAACAAAGGUGACUUCCAUAACUCCACAUGUGGCGAAAUCCGAGAACACGGAACAUAGCCAAACAAAUCCUACCUCAUCUUCCACGCAGGACGACCUUGCUGGCGAUGGACCACGAGAAGGUGAUGGACCAGUCGGUAGUGGGAACAGCUCUUCAGAGAAGAGCGGGCACGAAACCGGAGAACCGGAGGGCGAGACACAACCAGCACAGAGAAAUCAGGAUGCUGAAGCGUUCGACGCGACUAAGCAUCAGACAGCCGCCGACGAUAGUCUGAAGGACGAUGGCAGAGGUUCGAGCGAUGCUGAAGUCAGCAGAGAAGAGGCAUGGAACGCUGAAACGCUCAACACGAAAGAAGUCACGACAAACGACUCGUCAAGUGCCAACGAUAUUGCGGGAAGAGAAACAGCGAAAGAAGCUGGUGAAAUCGCUCUAACGGAUGGCCCGCAAGCACUGAAGAUUGCAUCAACCAAGGAGGUCAAUGUGAGUUCAGAGGAUACCCGACUCAUGAACCUUCCAACGAAAUCAUCGGCAGAUAGUGUCGACAAUCAAAUGAGUCAGCCAUUACCGGGACCUAGUCCCCUAUCGACUCAGUUUGAACAGCCGGCGCCAGAACAAAUACCAACAGACGAGGAGGUCCACCAAACAAAAAACCAGAGGGACAGUAAGGAAGAGCAGAAUGUUGCUCUACUCGACAACAGCCCGCAAACGAAGGAGAGGGGCGACCGGGUACCACACAAUAAUGACGAACAAGAGUCAAGGACAACAGAUGACGACGAGUUGCCGUCGAACGAAUCCUGCCAGCCGAUAGACGAGGUUGGGUUCGCUCUCAAACCAUCAGAAGACCCUGGUGCCUAUCUAAAGACGAACGGUAGCAUGGAUGAAGAAGUUGAUGCGGCCACCAGAAACGUCGCAAAUGUCAAAGCAGAUGCGAGCCGUCCUGAAGAGGUUUCGAGAACAAGUUUCGCCGAAACAGUUCAAGGAAGUCUGAAUUGUCCCAAGGCAGCUGACUCCGCUUCCCACGAUCCCAGCCAUCCUGCUGAUGCUGACAGGCGUUUCCAACCUUCCAACUACCAUGAAGAGCUCCCAGCAGACUCAGAGAUUGAAACCGAGAACGAACGUCCCGAAACAGAGGACGAGCCUCAAGAGUCCGACGGUGACCAUAUCGAAGCCGACAACCUGCUGACAGAAACCGAAGCAGGUUCUGCCAAUGUUGAAGGGCGGCCUAGCGGGGCCGACUGCGGACCUGCCGCGACUGAGGGCGGUUCUGCCGGAGCAGAAAGCGGCCCGGCCGAGUCUCCUCGUCUGGUGGCCAGUAUCCGCAGCCUGCUGCGCCACCUGAGUCCGGUGACGGAGAGACGUCGUCAGGAAGGGGACCACCGCGACACCCACGACGGACACCAAGCGCCAACGCGAGCCAAACGAUUUCCGAAGUUUUGGUCGCACCACUCACGCCGGGACCGGAAGAGUGAGCCGAUCAGCACACACGACUCUGCCCAUCACGGCUCUCACGUGUCGAGAUCAGGGAAACUCACCAUCCUCACACGUCAGCGACCAUUCACCAUGGCUACUGUGAGUCAGAUGGCGGCGCCGGAGGGCCACGCCGCAGGUCGCAUCCCGGUACUGCCGACCAGCGCCCUGUAGACGACCUGCGGUGACCUGCAAGACCGGGCGCCCUGUUGCAACCUAGUGGGCAGUGACCUGCAGUUACCCAGUGACUUGCAGUGACCCAUCAACCUGUAGUGCCAGUGACCCAAGAACCUGCAGCGGUCCCAGUGACCUGCCUACGGCAGAAGGUGCGGUAGCACGGGCUGCUGGUAGACCACCGCAGUGAACCCGCCUCCAGCUUCAAACAAUAGAGGACGGCACUGACUGAUGACAUUGGACGCUAUAGCUUCGCCGUAGUGUCGCUCAGAUCGACGCGUAGAGGCGUAGUACGACGCUACUGCUAGAUAGGCAGUGCCAUCUGUAGCCCGUAUAGCUAACCAGUAGCAAGCGAGGGUGUCCGACGCAGUUUGACGUCACUUGCCUCCUAGCGACGCGCGUAGCUUUGCAAGCUCAAAGCAUCUUUACCUCUAAAACAACACAUGAUACUGUUGAGUGUAACUAUGUGCAAUACGGGCUAGUCUCGAGGAAUGCUCACGAUGAUGGUUGGUUUGGUAUCUAGAAAUGCGGUAGUACGAAGUAGCUGGAUAGGGAAAGACGUCAGACAGUUCCCGGUCGAGGGUUCUAGAGCCUGCUCGAUGGGUAGCGGCGCACGAGGUGUGGCUCGGCAGGUCCCAGGUGGUCUGUUAGCCAUGGUUAGAUAACCAUUUUAAAUCUGGAGUCAGAUUCUGGUAUUACACCCCGGUGAACAGCUGAUAUCACACAUGAACACGUUUCCUGUACAUUUGGAAUUGGAGUAUGCUAAAACAGAAGCAAUCACAAGCCGCGUACGCUGUUCAACCUGGCUGACACCUGGUUCACAGCGCUCACGAAAGUGUUACCUCCACUGACACAAAUGUAUCGAACAGCACUGGCAACUCUCUGGUGCCUGGCACCCUCCGAGCAGAGCUCGGCGUGUAGUGGUGGGUCUAUAUGUCCACGGUGGCAGCGGUCGGGAGCAGACGACGGUCUCUGGACCGGCGAGCUCUUGUUGUGCUUCCCGUCCACGUUUCUAAGUGUUCACCCAGUCAGGAGUGAAGUGAAAGUCUGCUGGAUGUUGGCCAGGGUAGCGAAUCUCGCGGUGUUGUCUUGACCUCAGAGGUCUUGUGAAGUGUGAACUGGCCUGUCAACUAUGCAUUGCUCGUACUCGCCACAUCACCAUCGUUAUGUCAAUAAAUAUGC